UCGUCCAAAUCGGAAGAUGGACAUGCCCGACCCGGUUGAAGAGAAAAUACGGAGCGUUUGGCUAAGGCAAGCGGCGCUGGCGCGCGAGACCUUCCCUUCCGAGAUGGGGAAACUGGAGCUUGGUGGACUGGAAGCAUCGCUGCUUCGACUCACCAACGAUCACCACCGCACCUCUCACCGGCUCCGCGAAUUCACCGAGCAAGCGAAGAAAGACGCGAUUAGAAGUGCUAUUCGUGUUUCGGAUCUGUUGGUGGAGUCGGUGAACGGAGGCGUCCAGGAGGCGUUCACGAACGAGAAACAAAUCGAGUUCGAAAUCCGGAAAUUGGCCACCACCGUCAUGCGGUUCGGCAAGCAGACGGAUCAGUGGCUAGCGACUUCUCAUGCUAUGAACUCUGCUAUCAAGGAAAUUGGAGACUUCGAGAACUGGAUGAAGACCAUGGAAUUUGAUUGUAAAAGCAUCAGUACCGCAAUAUACAACAUUCACCAAGCUUAAUCCCAAGGGGCAAGUGUUAAAAGAAGGCCGCCAUUCGUUGAUUUUAUGUUCUCUACGCAUGGUGGUGCUUUUCAGUGUUUCAUCUUCCUGGUUGUUUUUUAUCUCUAGUUUCUCAUUUCGUUUUUUUUCUUUUUGUAAAUCCGAUCCUUUGUAUCCAUGAAGUACAUCUACUCUGAACAUGACAUACAUAAAUGAAGGAAGGAAGGAAGGAGGGAAUAAAUUUGUUGUU